GCUGUGGGCCGCCCCGCGAACGCUCCGCCCGCAGCCACUCGGCCUGUGACCAGAUCAUCCAACCAUCGCUGCCUUCAUCCUGACACUCGCUUUGGGUGGCAAAAAGGGAAAAUGGCGAACGACUCCCCUGCAAAAAGUCUGGUGGACAUCGACCUCUCCUCCCUGCGGGACCCUGCUGGGAUUUUUGAGCUCGUGGAAGUGGUUGGAAAUGGCACCUACGGACAAGUCUAUAAGGGUCGACAUGUUAAAACAGGCCAGCUGGCAGCCAUCAAAGUCAUGGACGUUACUGAGGAUGAAGAGGAAGAAAUCAAACUGGAGAUAAAUAUGCUGAAGAAAUAUUCUCAUCAUAGAAAUAUUGCAACAUAUUACGGUGCUUUUAUUAAGAAGAGCCCUCCAGGACAUGAUGACCAGCUCUGGCUUGUUAUGGAGUUCUGUGGGGCUGGGUCCAUUACAGACCUUGUGAAGAACACCAAAGGGAACACACUCAAAGAAGACUGGAUAGCUUAUAUCUCCAGAGAGAUCCUAAGGGGACUGGCACAUCUUCACAUCCAUCAUGUGAUUCACCGGGACAUCAAGGGCCAGAAUGUACUGCUGACUGAGAAUGCAGAGGUGAAACUUGUUGAUUUUGGUGUGAGUGCUCAGCUUGACAGGACCGUUGGGAGGAGAAAUACAUUCAUAGGCACCCCCUACUGGAUGGCUCCUGAGGUCAUCGCCUGUGAUGAGAAUCCAGAUGCCACCUAUGAUUACAGAAGUGACCUUUGGUCUUGUGGCAUUACAGCCAUUGAGAUGGCAGAAGGUGCUCCCCCUCUCUGUGACAUGCAUCCAAUGAGAGCACUGUUUCUCAUUCCCAGAAAUCCUCCUCCCCGGCUGAAGUCAAAAAAAUGGUCAAAGAAAUUUUUUAGUUUUAUAGAAGGGUGCCUGGUGAAGAAUUACAUGCAGCGGCCCUCCACAGAACAGCUUUUGAAACACCCUUUUAUAAGGGAUCAGCCAAACGAAAGGCAAGUUAGAAUCCAGCUUAAGGACCAUAUAGAUCGGACCAGAAAGAAGAGAGGAGAGAAAGAUGAAACUGAAUAUGAGUACAGUGGCAGUGAAGAAGAGGAGGAGGAAGUGCCUGAACAGGAAGGAGAGCCAAGUUCCAUUGUCAACGUGCCUGGUGAGUCCACUCUGCGGCGGGAUUUCCUGAGACUGCAGCAGGAGAAUAAAGAACGCACUGAGGCUCUUCGGAGACAACAGCUCCUACAGGAGCAGCAGCUCCGUGAGCAGGAGGAAUAUAAAAGGCAGCUGCUGGCAGAGAGACAGAAACGGAUUGAGCAGCAGAAAGAACAGAGGCGGCGACUAGAAGAGCAACAAAGGAGAGAGCGUGAAGCUAGAAGGCAGCAGGAACGUGAGCAGCGAAGAAGAGAGCAAGAAGAGAAGAAACGUCUGGAGGAACUGGAGAGAAGGCGUAAAGAGGAAGAUGAUAGGAGACGGGCAGAAGAAGAGAAGAGAAGAGUUGAAAGAGAACAGGAGUAUAUCAGGCGACAGCUAGAAGAGGAGCAGCGGCACUUGGAACUCCUUCAGCAGCAGCUGCUCCAGGAGCAGGCCAUGUUACUGGAGUGCCGAUGGAGGGAGAUGGAGGAGCACCGGCAGGCAGAGAGGCUCCAGAGACAGUUGCAACAAGAACAAGCAUAUCUCCUGUCUCUACAGCAUGACCACCGGAGGCCACACCCACAACAGCAGCUGCCACCACAGCAGGAAAGGAGCAAGCCAAUCUACCAUGCUCCAGAGCCCAAGCCCCACUUUGAGCCUGCUGACAGAACUCAAGAGGUGGAAGAUAGAUAUAGGAAAACUAACCACAGCUCCCCUGAAGCCCAGUCUAAGCAGACAGGCAGAGUAUUGGAGCCACCAGUGCCUUCCAGAUCAGAGUCUUUUUCCAAUGGCAACUCCGAGUCUGUGCAUCCUGCCCUGCAGAGACCAGCUGAGCCACAGGUACAGUGGUCCCACCUGGCAUCUCUCAAGAACAAUGUUUCCCCUGUCUCGAGAUCCAUUCCUUUCAGUGACCCUUCUCCUCCCAAAUUUGCACACCACCAUCUUCGCUCUCAGGACCCAUGUCCACCUUCCCGCAGUGAGGUGCUAAGUCAGAAUUCUGACUCUAAGUCGGAAGUACCUGACCCCACUCAAAAGGCUUGGUCUAGAUCAGACAGUGACGAGGUGCCUCCAAGGGUCCCUGUGAGAACAACGUCUCGCUCCCCUGUUCUGUCUCGGCGGGAUUCCCCUCUGCAGGGCAGUGGGCAGCAGAGUAGCCAAGCAGCUCAAAGAAAUUCCACCAGUGGUGUUGAGUCCAGGUUGCUGGGGGAGAGAGUGGAAAAGCUGGUGCCAGGCCUGCAGUGUAGCUCCUCUGGGUCCAGCAACUCAGGCUCCCAGCCUGGGUCUCAGAGUGGCUCUGGAGAGCGCUUCCGAGUGAGAUCAUCAUCCAAAUCUGAAGGCUCUCCAUCUCAGCGCCUUGAAAAUGCAGUGAAAAAACCUGAAGACAGAAAAGAAGUAUUUAGACCUCUCAAACCUGCCGGCGAAGUGGAUUUGACUGCACUAGCUAAAGAGCUUCGAGCAGUUGAAGAUGUGCGAACACCCCACAAAGUGACAGACUACUCUUCAUCCAGUGAGGAGUCAGGGACAACGGAUGAGGAGGAGGAGGAUGCAGAGCAGGAGGGGACCAAGGAACCCAUGUCUGGAUCAGAGGACACCAGAGCAGCGUCAUCUGUGAAUUUGAGCAAUGGUGAAACAGAAUCUGUGAAAACCAUGAUUGUCCAUGACGAUGUGGGUGAACCAGCCAUGACUCCAUCCAAGGAGGGCACACUAAUUGUCCGCCAGACUCAGUCCGCUAGUAGCACACUCCAGAAACACAAAUCUUCCUCCUCCUUUACACCUUUUAUAGACCCCAGAUUACUACAGAUCUCUCCAUCUAGUGGGACAACAGUGACUUCUGUGGUGGGAUUUUCCUGUGAUGGAAUGAGACCGGAAGCCAUAAGGCAAGAUCCCACCCGGAAGGGCUCAGUAGUCAAUGUGAAUCCCAACACUAGGCCGCAAAGUGACACUCCAGAGAUCCGUAAAUACAAGAAGAGAUUUAAUUCUGAGAUUCUGUGUGCUGCCUUAUGGGGUAGUGAAUUUGUUAGUGGGUACGAAAGUGGCCUGAUGCUGCUGGACAGAAGUGGCCAAGGAAAGGUAUAUCCUCUGAUCAACAGAAGACGAUUUCCAAUGGAUGUCCUUGAAGGCUUAAAUGUCUUGGUGACAAUAUCUGGCAAAAAGGAUAAGUUACGGGUCUACUAUUUGUCCUGGUUAAGAAAUAAAAUCCUUCACAAUGAUCCAGAAGUUGAGAAGAAGCAGGGGUGGACAACCGUUGGGGAUUUGGAAGGAUGUGUACACUAUAAAGUUGUAAAAUACGAAAGAAUCAAAUUUCUCGUAAUUGCUUUGAAGAAUUCUGUGGAAGUGUAUGCCUGGGCACCCAAGCCAUAUCACAAAUUUAUGGCUUUUAAGUCAUUUGGAGAAUUGGUACAUAAGCCAUUACUGGUGGAUCUCACUGUGGAGGAAGGCCAGAGGUUGAAGGUGAUCUAUGGAUCCUGUGCUGGGUUUCAUGCUGUUGAUGUGGAUUCAGGAUCAGUCUAUGACAUUUAUCUACCAACACACAUCCAGUGUAACAUCAAACCCCAUGCAAUCAUCAUCCUCCCUAACACAGAUGGGAUGGAGCUUCUCGUAUGCUAUGAAGAUGAAGGAGUUUAUGUGAAUACCUAUGGAAGAAUCACCAAGGAUGUGGUUCUGCAGUGGGGAGAGAUGCCAACAUCUGUAGCAUAUAUUCGAUCCAAUCAGACAAUGGGCUGGGGAGAAAAGGCCAUAGAGAUCCGGUCGGUGGAAACUGGUCACCUGGAUGGUGUGUUUAUGCACAAAAGGGCUCAAAGACUGAAAUUCUUAUGUGAACGCAAUGACAAGGUGUUCUUUGCUUCUGUUCGGUCUGGUGGCAGCAGUCAGGUUUAUUUUAUGACAUUGGGCAGGACUUCUCUUCUGAGCUGGUAGAAGCAUGGCAGUGAGGAUUGCUGGCCCCAGAGUCUUCCAGAUCCUGAGAACUUGGAAUUCCUGCAACUGGAGCUCAGAGCUGCACCGGGGCAGUCCAGGACAGCUGUGUGCACAGACACAGCACAUGGGGUUUCCUCCUUUCCUUCCCAUUCUUCCUACCAGUUUAUCCCCAAUAUUUUUUUUUACUCAAAAAUAAAUCAAGGCUGCAGUGCAGCUGGUGCUGUUCAGAUUCUACCAUCAGGUGCUAUCAGUGUUUUGGAUCAAGCAUCAGGCCAGAAAGCAAACACGUUUCCUUCAGCUCCAGAAUUCCUUGUCUCUGAGUGACUCUGUCAUUUGGGUGUCUGAAGGUGGAGACCAUGAAAAUGCUAUUGGUUUGUUGAAAGUGGGCACGAGGAGGUAUAGAGUGGUGUUCUUGAUGAGCAGUUUGCUAAAACAAGAGCAGAUUUAAUAUAGUAACAUUAACAAUGUAUUUAAUUGACAUUUCUUUUUUGUAAUGUGACAAUAUGUGGACAAAGAAGAAGGGGCACGUUUAAGAAGUUAAUAUUUAUAAAAUGUGAAAGACAGUUACUAGGAUAAUUUUUGUGGAUGGGGCUUGGGAGGUGGGAUGGGGUGGGUUAAGGGUGUCCCAUUUUAUUUAGAUUUUCUUUUUGCCUUCAUCAAAAAAACUCAGUCAUUUUUCUGUAUACCAGGUUUUGCCUAAAUCAUGUGCAGAUGGUUCUUCAAAAAAAAAAAAAGGAAAAAGAAGAUAUGUGCAUUUGUCUAAUGACUAGAACUUUGUUGUGUGACAGUAUUAGCACUGACUCAGUUAAGGUUUAAUUUUUGUUUAAACCUAGAAGUGCGACAACAGUUUUACCACAGUCUGCACUUGCAAAGGAAAAAUUUUUUUUCAAUCACAUGUUUAUUUUUUUUUGCCUACCUCAUUGUUUUUAAUGCAUUAAGAGGUGGUUUAGUUUAUACUUGUUUUGGAGGAAAACAUUAAUGUUUAAUUUAAUCUUAAUACCAAAACUAUCAGGUUGAAGUUUGACUGUUAUUUGUCACAGGUCUCAGUAGGCACACAAAAAAUUGUCUCUGAAGAUGGGAAAUGGCCAUAGGCUUCAUCAUGCUGACUGAUGCAAUCUUCUUUCUAAGUAUAGAGAGCAGAAAGCUUCGUUUUCACAUGUUUAUCUUAGUGGUUGGUGGACCACUGUAGCCUACAAUAUAAGAGGCCACAUUGUUCUCAGUUCAGGGUUUGGUAGCAGCCAGGUGGUCAUAUCAGAAUAGUCACACAAACUGUUCAUUUUGCAGGAACCUUUCCAGGGGGGGUGAGGGUAUUUCUCUUUUCUAAAAAUGCAAUGCACUCAAACUAUUUUAAGAAUGUAGUUAAUACUGCCUAUUUGUAAGACGUCAUCUUCCUUUGCUGUAGGUGUAAUAUCAGAAGCCCUGGGUUUUCUUGUUCUCUGACUUGUUCUCUUGUUCUCUCUCUGUUUUUUAAACUAACUUUACUUCAUGAAUAUGUUCAUGACAUUGUAAUAAAUGUCUCGGGUGAUAAUUUG